GUUCUCCUCUCCUCUGCGCGUGCAUGGCUCCAGCCCUGCCCGCACCCCCCGGCUCUUCCUCCUUCCCCCAUCUCCUCAACAAGAGCUUCUCCUCUGCUGUCAAGGUCACACGCACUGUCGUUCAUUACGGAUUCGUCCCCUUCGUUCUCUACCUCGGAUUUCAGAGUGAGACCAAGCCUGGAGUGCUGCAGCUCUUCCUCCCGAUCUAAGUGCUUGCGGUUGUUGAGCGCUCAGUAGGUGUUUGACUCACCUGUACCUCUUGUUUUUCUCUUCUCUGCCUCUACAUCUCUAUAGAAAUGCCGCUCUACAACUUGACUGCAAUUGCUCGUGCACAAUUGUCAACGAAUGAUGUCCACUCAGUGCUCCGGAACCUUACUGGUGUGAUUGUUGGCAAGAAUGG